AUGGCUAAAACAAGAUCAAAAGGUGCCGUUGCAUCUUCACCCAUCUCAAAAUCACCAAAAGCAUCACCAAAAGUAAACAAAGUAAAAAAACCAACAACCAGAAAGACAAAACCACAACCAAAGAAAGAAACUCCAAAACAAGAAGAUGCCACUCCAAUAAAACAAAUUCCAGAAACACCAGAUAUAGAGUCAACUACAUCAUCAUUCAUACCUACAAAAGUAACAACCAAAGCAAUUUCCGAACUAUUAAAAUUCACAACUAGACAAAAAGAGGAAGAAACCAAACCCGAAAAAUCACAAUUAUUCGACUCUGACGAAGAAUCAACCACAACACCAUUAUAUUUAACAAUUGACUCCAAGGUAUAUUUCUCAUCUAAACCACAAUUCAAACCGAAAUUACUCCCAUUAAGCAAAUCUAUCAAUCAAAAUCCAAACAUAUGUUUAAUUUUAAGAGAUGGUUUAGUUAAAGAAAAUUCAGAAUUGAAUGCAUUAGAAUCGUUGAAUAUUAAUCAAUAUGUACCAAUGAAAUCCAUCAAAUCAGAUUAUAAGAAUUUUGAAAAAAGAAGAGAAUUUCAUUCCACUUAUGAUUUGUUCCUCGCUGAUGAAGCAGUAUUAAACAUCUUACCUAAUGCCUUGGGAAAAAUAUUCUACAAAUCUUCCAAAUUUCCAAUUCCUGUUAAGUUGACAAGUUCAAAUGCUCCUGAAAAGUUGAGUAUCACAACCUUAAAAAAUCAAAUUGAGAAAGUUUUAAAUUCGACUUGGUAUUUACCUCCCCAGGGAUCAAAUAUAAGUAUCAAAAUUGGAUAUUUGAAUAAGUUUUAUGAUGAGAAUGAUUUAGUUAAGAAUUUUGAAUCUGUUUUGAGUAAAUUUGACAAAAAUGGGUUGAAAAGUGUUAUGAUUAAAACUGAUAAAUCACCUGCUUUGCCUUUAUUUUAUACUGAUAAAUUAUAUGAUGAUAAGGAUGUUAUUGAAGAAGGUACUGAUAAAGAAGUUGAUAUUGAAGAGGGUGAUGGUUUGAAUGAUUUUGAGAGAGGAUUAUUGGAAUUGGGUGAUUUAGAAACUGUCCAACAGGUUCUUGGUAAGAAAUUGAAUCAAAAGAAGACUACUAAAAAUGCUAAGAAGAAUGUUAAGGGGAAAGUUCAUAAAUAAAUGAAUAUAUAAUAGAUAAAUAAUUGAUAAAUUGCGUUUUUGAAAGUAUUAAACUCUUGUCCUCGAAUAAUUUACUUUUAUUCGUCAAAUCAUUGUAUUGAUUAACAGACUUGACCGUGAAAUAAUCCCCACAAACUCUGUUUAAUUAGCAUUGUUGUUUAAGGGUCAAUUUUGCAGCCGUUUAUUGAUUCACUUGGUAGUGCUCUCAGUAAAAAUCGAAAUCAAAUCAAUCAAUAAUUUGUUUCAGAGUUUAAUUAUAGAUCUAUGUGGAUAAUAAAACACGAUGAAGACAAACUAGGAGGUAAGUAACGCCCUAAUUCCAUCAACCAAUGCAUUCAAAAUACUAACAUUCUUACCAUUAGAUAUUUUAACCCAUUUAAAACCAAAUAAAUCAUAUUUAAUAGGUAGGAAUGAAGAAGAAGUAGAUAUAUCAUUCAAAUCACCAAAAGCAUCACGUCAAUUAUUACAAAUAACACCAAAUUCAAACUCUUUAAAAGUCAAAUUAUUAUCAAGGUCAAAAGGCUCAAUAAAUAACAAGGUAUAUAAAUUGAAGAAAAAUGAAGAACCUUACGAAAUAACCUUUCCCGACUCAGAAAUCAAGAUUGAGAUGGUAGAAAGUGAUGAAGACAAACCGAUUAUACUCAAUUAUUACAAAUUGACAUUUUACAAUAACAAUCACCCAUUUUUGAAAGAAAUUGAUGUUGAUGUAUCUAAUAAUAUUGGGAAUUCAAUGUUAUUAUUUCGUGAUGUUGAUGAUGAUUAUCGAAAGGCUGUUGUUUUGGGAAGACCAAUCUUGAGUAAAUCAUGGAUUAAAGAUGUUAAGACCGGAAGUAUACAGGAUUGGUUGUUUGAUUUGAGUUCAAAUUUGAAAAAGUAUAGUCCUUUUGAUUCAGGUCCUAAAAAUAGAAUGCAUUUAUUUGAAGGUAUGAAAAUUGUAGCUCCUGCUGGUUUAAACUGGAUAGAUAGUGCUAAGGAGAUCAAAGAUGGUGGUGAUAAAUUCAUACUUGUUAAUGAUUCAGAUGUUGAUGAUUAUAAAUGUACUAGUGAGAUGGCUUUAUUCGAUGCUGUUUUAAAAGAAGAUAUUAGCUCCAUACCUGUCAAUACUAAAAGGACUAAAAGAAGUAGAGAAGAGCCUAGUAAUUCAGUUAGGAAGAGAAGAAGGUAUGAAAAAGUAGAUAAUAAAUUGCAUUUCUUUUCAUUAAAUACAGAAAGUCAAACUCAAGAACAAUCAAUAACUCCAGAACAACCAUCAAUACAACCAUCAGUACCAGAACCAAUUAAACUACUAGAAUCAACUCAACUACCAGACCCACCACAACCUGAACCAAUUAAACAAGUUGAAUCAACACUAAUACCGAAAUCACCACCACCACCACCACCACCAACAACAACAGAAACAUCAACAACCGAGACAAAACCUAGUCUUAAACGUAAAGCAUCAUCUGAAGAAUUAACAAUAACUCAUACACAGCCAAAAAGUCGAAAAUUUAUACCCAAAGUGACAUUUGUAGAUGCUGUAUUACAAACCAAAAAAGAAACUCGUAAACAAAUAAAUGAAAAAUAUGGAAUAAUAGACGACGAAGAAGAGGACAUGAAUCAAAACCUUUCCAAUUUAGCCAUUGUCGAAAUUGUAGAUAUGAAAUUAAGAACACCACCAAAGAAUACAAGAGAACCAGGAGAGAUUGAUCCCAGGUAUGCUAAUCGUAAAAAUUUCAAAACGUUUAGAAAAGUGCAGCCUAAAAAGACAAGAGAGUAUGUUUCUUUUAGUGUUGUUAACGAGGGUAUGAAAAAGAGAAGUAAUGAGAAAGAGGAGAGAACUUUUGAUUCUGAAUUUGAUGGAUUGAUGUCUAAUGUUAGAGGAUAUAAACCUGAUCCAGAACCUUUGUUUAUUCAAGAUGAUUCUGAUGACGAUGAUGGGUUUAAGAGUAGGACUGCUAGUAUACCUAAUUCAAAUUCAAAUGGGAAAACGAGAAAUGCUGCUUCUCGACCUAAUUAUAGAACUAAUAAUAAUAAUGAUGAUGAUGAUGACGACGAUGAUGAUGAUGAUGAUGAUGAUGAUGAUGAUCAACCAAAAUUUGGAUUUACAAGAUAA